AGAGAGGAGAGGUACAGUCGCAUUCAAAAGUGAAAUGCGAACGCAUGACACAGAUUCAAGUACAGAGAGUAGAAUUUUUCUGUAUAUAUAGAAAGAAAGAAAGAGAGAGAGAGAGAGAGAGAGAGAAAAAGAGAAAGAAAGAGAGAGAAAGAUAAAGAAAAAAAAGAGAAAGACUCAUCCUAGCGGAACGCAGCAACGCCGAGAAAGAGAGAAAGAAAGAGAAAGAAAGAGAAAGAAAGAAAGAAAGAGAAAGAGAAAAAGAAAGAGAGAAAGGGAGAGAAAGAGAGAAAGAUAUGUUCGCAAAUGGUUAGAAAGGAAAUGUUAUUUGAUAUAUACAAUGUUCUAAAGUAAAGAUAAAGGGUAUCAAGGUAGAAAAUAAAUGGAUGGAAUCGCGCGAAUGCGGUCACUGAACUAGUUCCGUUUCGACCCUGACACUGCCAUUGCCCCCCCGGGGCCGUCGAUUUGUGUCAGAUGCUCUCAAUAUUGCCGCGAUUUUAACGUUUAAUCACGUAAACUCACCUCUCUCGCUGGAUUCCAUAUCGUAAUUAUACGUGUCACUUUUCUGGUACUAUUGGACGCGAGACUAUCUCGUCGUGCGGGCGCACGUGGAAAACUCGACUCGUGGGAUUUCGGCUCGGCGUUUACUCAAAAUUCACUACGGUAUAAACAUGGCCGGUCGGGGCACUCUUGUCACACGCACGCUUUCUAUGUGUGUUACCCUAUGAGAAAGAGAGAGAGAGACGGACAGAGAGAGUGAGAGAGAGAGAGAGAGAGAGAUAGAAUGAGAGAAAUAGAGAGAGAAAGAGAGAGUGAGAGAGAGAGAGAGAAAGAGAGAUAGAUAGAUAGAUAGAUAUACAAAGAGAGAGAGAGAGAGAAAGAGAGAGUGAGAGAGAGAGAGAGGUCGUUGAACCUUUUCCCGAAAACUCGACGUCGCUCGCGUUUAACCGCUCCUACCGUCCGUUCUUUUUUUCGACGCCCGAGAAAAACGGUCAAGUACCGUAGCUCGGUGGGUGCCACCUAAAAAUAGAUUGCGAUUUCGGCGAUUGUUUUGACUAACAAUAUGCUUCGCAACCUACUCAAAGAUGGCGCCAUUUUAUGUCUUUGGUUAUCCACGAGUUACCACCACUCUGCUUAUUACUUCACGCGCUAUUGGACUAUAACUGUCUUUGCUACGAUUGGUCGGUAUAUAUCAACGUCGACCAAUAGGACGUUAGUUUUGUACGGGCGAUGACGUCUCAAUUUACUACGAAUACUUUUAUUAUGACGUUCUUAUGUUUCCAAACACGAGACAGAGAGAGAGAGAGAGAGAUAGAGAGAUAGAUAAAUACGUACUACUUGCAUAUGCAUCUAACGUACUUAAUUAACAUACACGUAUGAUUUAUUAAAAUUUUGUGCGUCGCCAUAAAGUCCUAUUCCGUAUUAAAUUUCUAUCUUGAUAGGUUCGUAUUUCGUGUCAUAACUGAAUUUUUAUUUUCAUGAAUGAUAUAUGUAACUACGUAAUACAUAAGAAACAUGUGUUUAACCUUAUUUGAUAAUAUGAGGUAAUAAAUGAACGUUUGUUCGAUCGAAUACAUUUUAUGAGUAAUCGUUUGUUUGUUCGUUGAAUUUUCAUUAUGAGAAAACAUAAACUUCCGAAAAAUUGGGUUGUUGUCGGUUCUAAGAGCCAUCCAGACAGAGUUUAUUAUUUCAAUAUUAAAACCAAUGAAUCCUCUUGGAAGGAACCAACAACCGAAGGAACGAAAAAGGCUUUUGUUAAUGAUGGGCCAAAACAAAAAAAAAGGAAAACAAAUGAAAUGAGUCCUAUUGAAUCAAGGACAUCCUCUGAUAUUGAAGAAGAUAAUGACAACAAAGAUAUUGUAAGAAGAAAGAAGUUAGUUGCCAAAAGACAGUUUAAAGCAACACAAGAAUUUGAUACAAUACAAAUGGCAGAAAUUAAGAAGAAAAUACAACAAAGGAAGGCAAAGAGUAAUUCGAAAAGUAAUUCAUCUACAAAUUCAUUCAGGCAAUUUAAUUCACCUACGAAAUUGUACAAAAGUGAUGAGGAUAAAAAAACGGAAAUAAUGACGCCACAGAUGAGAGUUAUUUAUGAAAAGAUACAAAAGAAAAAUAUGAACAAAAAAGUUUCCAAGCAGUCGCAAUCGCUUCAAAAUAUUAAAGACAUCGAAACAGUUGAGAAUAUUGAACAUAGAGUAAAAGUAGACAAGAGAAAAAAAAGAAGAAGAGAGGGCGUGACAAAAUCCUCAAGUUCGAAUCAAGAUACAUCUGCUUGUUCCAGUAGUCACGAAAGUGAUCUCACAAAAAAUGAUAUUAGGUGUUCUUCGAUCAAAGAUAUAAACGAAAUCAAAUCAGAGAGGUCAAGUAUAACAAAAAAUAUAUUACAAAAUAAAAAAAAUUCUCAAUACAAAUCUAAGGAGACAAUAAUAGAAAAUAAAGAAUAUAAUAAUAGUAUAAAUAAGAAAGGUGGUAGAGUUAUAUCAAAAAGAAAUUUGGCCAAAGAUCGUAUGGAUAAAUUAAAGACAACAUUAAAUUUACAAAUGAAAGAUCAAAGGAAUAAUAAUAAAUCAUCGCAAAGCAAUGAUAAAUCAUUGCUAGCUAUUAUAAAAGAUAAUGAAAUACCGGACAUUUAUAAAACCACUGAUAUGAGGUAUAAAAAUUUACGUAAUAGGCUAUUGCGUAAUAAAAUAAUCCCUGAUGAAAAUCAAUUGUUGGCUUCAGUCAAAACUAAUAUGCAAAAUCAAUCUUUAAAUGCAUUAGGCGAAAAUCCUGUUAAUGAGUCUAAUGAUUCUUCUCUUUAUGAAGAAAUGGAUUGGGAACCAAUGGAAGAUGAAAAGAUAACAUUCGAGGUACAAGCUGCUAGAAUACAGUUAUGCGUUGAAAAUAGUAAAAAUGAAACAUUACCAAUGGAAGGAAAUAUUUUACAAUUUUCAUCAAUACCGGUUCAAGAAGAAAAGAAAACUUUGUACAUUGUUGUAGAUACAAAUGUGUUUUUAUCGAAUUUAGAUGCAAUCAUUAAAGCUAUGGUUACAGAAUUUGCAAAAUAUGAUAAACCAAUUCUUGUAAUUCCAUGGACUGUUAUACGAGAAUUGGAUUAUUUAAAAAAUGACAAAUUUGAAAGAAAGUCAAUACAUUUGCGUGAAAAAGCCAGAAAAGCUAUAAAUUUUCUUCAUGAUCAUUUUUCUGUUAAACAUCCACGUAUAGUCGGUCAGACAUUAGAGGACGUAAGAAGCAACAAAGAAAAAUUUGCCAUUGAAUGUCCGGACGAUGAGAUAUUACAAGCAUGUUUACAAAUUCGUAACGCAGAAAGAACUGUGGCUUUAUUAUCGUACGAUAAAAAUCUUUGCAACAAAGCAAUGAUAUACGACAUAGUAGCGCUUGGAAGAGACGAUCCUCUUGAAAAAAUAGAUUACAUUUUUGCGACUAAUAAUAAGAACUUAUCUUUACACGAUAUGUGUUUUGAAAAGACACAAGGUGAAGGUUCACAAAUUCUUUCAGCUUUCCAAGAAGAAUUACGUUAUUCGAACGAAUUAUUCGAAGAGAUCCAAUCUAUGAUAAAAGAACUUUUUUCAAUCAUAGUAAGUAAAGAAAUGAAAAAUUUAUUUGGUGAAACAUGGGAAAAAUAUACUAUAAUAAAACCACCUUGGACAAUUUUGUGCGUAUUAAAAUGUGCUAUAAAACAUUGGAUAGCUGCUAUAAGCGAUGCGUUUGACAGGCAAGCAGAACAUCUUCUCAAAGAACUUUUGGAAAUAUUUAGAACAAUGCCAAAAGGUGGACGAAAAUUGAAAGACAUUGCAAAAAUAUUAGAAAAGUCUGCUGAUCUGAUUCAAAUGAUCAAUGUGGAUAAAUAUUCUGAUCUUAUAAAUAGAGCAUCAAGUUCUAUUAAAAAUAUUAAAAAGAGAUGUCAAAAUUAUGAGAACGAGAUACGUGAGAAAAAAAUACAAGAAGAAAUUGGAACAGAGAAUGAUGUGAUUCAACAAAAACGUAGAGCAGAUAGGGCCUUCAAUUAUUUCAAUUAUAUCUAUUCGUACGCACGUGACAUUGGAGGAAUGGCUGCAGAUAUCGUAAACAUGCCGUGCAGUUUUUGUUACGAAAUACCAAAUCCAGCACCCACGGUUGAAUAUGUGAAGAAAAUACAACCGGAAGUUGGACAAAACGUAAAUCAUUUGUUACGUAUUUUGACCGAAGCAUUAGAGGGAAUGAAGGAUGUUUCGAUCGAUCAUAAAACGUUGAUUGAUCUUUAUCACAUAUUGACAAAUUUUCUACCAGAUAGAACAAUAACGAACACUACGGAUUUAUGUCCGCUCGAUGUUUAUUGUUGUUUAAAAGAAAAAGAGGACGUAUUGAAAAUGGGUGUAAGACAGCUUCAAGAACUCUGCACGCAUUAUUGCAGAUUGGCAAGUUACCGAUGCAUAUGAGUUAUUGUUAUUUAUAUAUUGUAUGAUAUAUAUGCUAAAAUAAUUGUCAUAGAAAAAGGAAAAAGAAAAAGAAAAAAAAAGAAAGAAAGAAAGAAAGAAAGAAAGAAAGAAAAACAAUCAAAUUGCUGUUUGUUAAAUUUUUCAAGAUAUAAUACAAAAUGAACAAAACGAACGAUUGACCCAUAUACAUAACAGAAAAACAAUGACUGUGAUAGAAAGGUUUGCAAUAGAAAUGAAAAGUGAUGGUAGUGGUGGUGUUGGUGGGUGAUGGGUAAUAGGAAAAGA